UCGUUUAUUUCAUUGCUGUCAAAAGAAAAUCAGUUACGAUUUAUACAUGACACAAACAAAGCCAGAUGGGUGUGUUUUCGCAGCCGCAACCAAAAGCUGUUUCGGUGAUUGGCGAGUGAUUAACCAAUGGACAAAAUCCACAGGUCGGUGAAAUCUUUUCCUCAGCGGGGGUGGCUUUUAGUCGCCUAGGAGACCUGACUAUGCAGUUGCAUCCUAUGGCAGAAUCAUCCCCAACGAGCGGCAAGUGGACAGAUGAAGAGAUCGAGAUGCUGAGAUCCUCCAUCAAGACAUUCGGUGAUGAUCUUCAGAAGAUUAGCGAAACAAUCAAGACGAGAACAGUAUCUCAAAUCAGGGCAGCAAUGAAGAAGAAGGCCCAUGAAACGGCUCAGAAACAAGAAAGCCAGAAGAGACCUCAAGAAAGUGGGACACAAGAGAACAGUCGGAGCGCCCCGGCAGAAGAGCCGCCAAUGAAGAAACCAAAGUCAGAGGUGACAUUGAAUAUGCUGAAUUCAACGGAGACACCCGGUGACUCUCUGGUGGAUAUUGAAGGAUUAGAGGAAAGCCCAAUGAAGAAGCUUGAAUUUGGAUUAGCAUCUGCGUCCGAACAUGAUGACCUCAACCUGGAAUCAAAUCUCAUCGCAUCCAGUUCAGAUAUAGAAUCCUUACAAAGAUGAAAUGACCGUCAAAUUUGGAGUCGCGAAUUGGAGGUGCCAACCCAACUUUGCCUGCCCCCUCCCUCUUCCUAAUACACAAGCUUUGAAUCCUAAAUGUGCUAUGAAAUCGCACUUGUGCAUGAAAUUCUUACCAUUGACCUGUGUUUGGCGCUAAGUUUCAAAGCCGAAGCAGGCGACGGGAAUGCAAGCCUCGUUGUUUGACCCAUAUAGUCGCAGGCCUCAUGGUUGAAUCUUUCAUAAACAGGAAGAGGUGACCUGGGGGGGGGGUAUUAGAUCGGGGGAAUGGUCCAAUGCGCAUGUGUAUAAUAUGUCACCCCAUCCCAGCACCUUUGGAUGAGGCAUGGGGACGGAGUAAAACAAAGUCGAACUAUGAGAAUAUUUUUUGGGUCAGUCAACUUUUUAAGCCUUCUUUUGAAUAUGAUUAUGACCACACGACCACACUGCAUUGU